UAUACGGAACGUUAUUUAGUAAUCAAGUUGGAAAACGCUGGGGUGGCUGUGAAAUCAUAAAAGCUCAAUAAAUAAAUCAUAUUUCAAGCCAAAUCUAUGUACAAAAUAUUGUUUCGUUGUUUGUUUUAGUAGAUUUUAAGUUGAGCACUCUCAGACAUUGGCAAAAUCAUUUAUUGUAGGCGAAAUUAUUCCUUAUAUUUUGUUUUGAGUGCAUGACUGGUCACGUAAGUAAAAUAUUUUCUUGCACGCUUGCAAAACGGUCAGAUUUCAACGAAUUUGAUAUCUACAUAGCGCUGAUUACUCGGAAUUCGUAGUUCACUGAGCCAACAGUGCUUGGCAUCACCAGAAAGUGUAACACAGUUAUCCGAUUUGACCUUUUUGCUAGUCCGAAGUGUCAAGUUGUCUUUGCAGAGAACACAGGAAUAGAUUAGCGGCGCCGCCCGAGGUGGCAUCCUGCGGGUGUAUAUUAGCGGUUUUGCUACAUACUAGCCUCUGUAUAAAUGUUCAGAGCCGCUAGUCUGUCGCAACUCUGCCCAUCUUCGUUGCCGUAGCGCACGCCUUACACGCGGUCACAGACUUAACGAAAGUUUACAUCGAGCGAUGGUUGGAAUCCAACUGUUGUUGCACAUUGGAUUUUAAGUGCCAUCGCUAGUUGUGGACGAUCUUUCAACAACUUUUGGGCUUUAUAUUGUGUGAAUAACCUCAAAGACAGUAAAAUGAGUGAAGAAGCUCAUUCUGAGGUCCGAGAAGUGCAAGAGAUACCGCCUGCUAAGAAACCGAAGCUCAAUGAUGAGCAACCAACUAGCAGUAAUACUGGAGAAGUGGAAGUUGACUCUAUACAGGAUACAGCCGAUGAUAAGUUUGGUAGUGAGGACAGUUACGGGAACUUUGUGACGCGGGAAGAGCUGGAACGGUUGAAAGAGUUCAAGGUGUUGGACGAAGUCAAGUCUAAUGAUGAAGACAGCAAUGAUGAGGAAUCUGACAGCUCUGAUGGUCUGCCCGAGGAGGAAAUUGAGAAGAUGCUGGAGGAAGACCUUCCAGAGGACUUCAAGGGAGCUCCCAAGCAGAAGGAGAAAGCCUACAUCACUAGACAAAAGAUCGUUCUAGAAGAGAAGGGUGUCAAUCACUUCGAGGUGCUGCCGCUGGACUGGACGAUGGUGCGUCACGUGAGCGGCAUGCCGGUGUACAUGCAUCGUGCCACGCGCGUCUGCACGCUCUCCAAGCCAUACUUCCUCGGCAAAGGCAACACCAGGAGACACGAGAUACCAAUAAGUGCAAUCCCCUGCUACGCGUACCGGCGCGCUCUCGAAGAAGAGGAGAAACAGAAGGAGAUCGACAAGAAGAUCGCAGAACAGAUCCGCGCGGGCACCUGGGUCAACACACAGCCCAAAACUGAGAACAAUGGCAAUAGCCAGGACAGCAUGGACACCAGCCAGCCCAACAUGGACAGCAGCCAGCCCAGCAUGGACAGCAGCCAACCCAGUGACGUCACUGAACCAGCUCCUUCUUGCGAGGUCACCAUCAAGGAAGAAAAUAAUGUCAAACAAGAAGUGCAGUGCCCCUACAUGAACGGACACGCUAGCUUAGAAAAUAUGACACAUGAAAACCUAAAUAAUGGUGAAGCAACUGCAGAUAGUAAUGAAGUUUUACCUGUACAAAAGACUGAAGAAAUUGUUGAAGAAAAUCCUGACACAGCUAGUAAGGAAACUGAAGAAUCUGUGGACCAGAAACCUGAUGUAUCAGUUGAUAGUGAAAUUGCGGGACCAAGUGGGGAAGGAACUAGUCAAGAAUCAACUAGUAAUGGAGAUGUGCAAGUUCCAUUGAACAGACAGCCUGUAGUUCUCCCGGGAGGUAUUGUGAUGCCUCCUCCCAGGGUUGAGACGAUAAACACCAGUUGGAAGACUCAGCACUUGACUGCCGAACAAAUCAACGAUUACUGCAAGAAGCUGUUCAAGUUCAAGACGGUUUAUAUCAUGCAUUUUAAACGCUGGGCGGACCGGCGCAAGUACACGAAGGCCCGCAAGACGCUGCAGUACCCCACGCUGCCCGAGGGCACCAAGCUCAUCACCAUCCCCGCGCAGCCCGCCGCCAGCACCGACGAUAACAACGCGGCGGGCAAGGCCAGCAAGCGCGACUGGGUGAUGAACAUGAACGGGCGCAGCUACCUGUCCGUCUUCCACGAGUACGUGCGUCGGGCGCUGCAGAAGCAGCCCGUCUACGAGUUCCGGCAACUCGAGAACGCAGCGACCCCGUACCAGGCGACGGUGUACAUCGGCGGCAUGCAGUACGGCGUGGGGCACGGCUCCAGCAAGCGCCAGGCCAAGUCCGCCGCCGCGCGCAGCUCCAUACACAUCCUCAUCCCCGAGAUGCGCGACCAGCUCGAGCCCACCGCGCAGCCCGACCCCGAGCCCGACUUCACGUUCUUCGAUUACGUGGGCAUCGAAGACCCGCGCAUCACGGAGUUCUGUGCAGCCACCUUCGAGCCAUCCCCCCACGCCAUCCUCCGCACCUGCCUGCUGAGGAACUUCGGCGCCGGAGACCGACACAUACAUACUGAGAUGAAGAAGCUGGAGUAUCAGAAGAUCGAGCUGACGAUGAAGGUGGGCAAGCACACCGCCACAGUCGUCAGCAAGAACAAGAAGACUGCCAAGCAGCGAGCCUCGCAGGCUAUACUGCAGGCGUUACACCCCCACGUUCGUUCCUGGGGCUCUCUCCUCCGCCUCUACGGCUCCCGUUCCGUUAAAAGCUGCAAGGAGAAGAAACUAGAAGAACAGCAGAUCACCCUCCUGCAAGACAAGGCUCGACACAACGAGCCGAACUACGCGGUACUGGACAAACUGCGCAACGAGAUGCGCAAACUGCGCGAGCGAGACGAAGCCGUCGUGCCGAUCGGUACGUUGCUAGUACAUGAUGAUCUGCCCACACAUUCGGGCUCUAACUUGAACAAUGUCGAUUUGUAAUUGUCUCGGGCAGUACCGAAAAGUUUUUAAAUCUUGAUGAAUUUGUUGUAUAAUUUGGCCCCAAGUUCACUGGCAAGAUAGACGUAUUUUUGACGUGACAACGUCUUAUAAAUCGAUGGAGCCGGCUGCACGCACGAAAAAACAUGACUCAUGCGGCGUUACCUCGCUCUGAGGCGUUACCUCGCUCUGAGGCGUUCCGUUUAAGGCUUGAAGUGCAAGCGAGAGCACGCAGCGAGCGACAAAGAGGCACAAUCGGCAGCUACUCACGUUGUCACGUUCAACUAUCGUCAGUAAAACGACUUUACAGACAAUGGUUUUUUUCUUAAAACAACUGUUUAUUUUAAAAAAUCAUUAUUAACAGUUGUUUUGAGAAAACUGAUUAACUGCCGUUUAUAUUGUUGGUGAAUUCGGGCCUCAAGUUUAGUAAAAUACCCUAAACAAGUUUUAGUAAUGUCAAUGCAUUACUUGGAGUCUCUUGUGAUAUACCUGGCCUGUAUGCUGACCUGCUUAUGAAUUCUGUAUUUUUUUACCUUUAAGGAUUGUAUUAUCUGAAUAAAACAUUAUUGAUUGAUUAAGUCAAUCUACAUGGAGCAGAAAUAACAUCAAAAGACAAGUAGAUCAAUAAGCUUAGUUCAAAAGGCUCCUAUAAUUUAAUCCAGCAUACAUUAGAGUAAUAGGAUUGCGGCGUUAGGAUAGAUAAGUUUUAAUCUGUACUUACGAAUGCUUUACCUUUGACUAUGUCAGAUAAUGUGAUUUACAACGUGGUAGAACUAUUGAAGUGUUAGGAUUUGUAAUACCUAGUUAUUUUUGGCCUAAGUUCACCGACAGCACAAAAGGCUGUUUUUUUCCAAAAACAACUCUCUACUUCGAAAAUUGAAUGUAAAAGUUCUUAGUAAUCAUUUGUUUUAAGAAAACUGACUUUUAUGUUGUCGGUGAAGUUGGGCGUAAGCGUGCUACAUAUUUACCCUAGUCUUACUAAACUAUGUGAUAUGACGGACAUCUAAAGCCUAGAAUAAUUUAAUUUUCAUUUAUUUUGUUGAUUGUGCCUUCUUUUGCACGGAGUCAUAGUUAUGAAAACAAAAAUAUAUAAAAUAUAUCGAUUAUUAUUUCUGACAUCAACACUACCGUUAGGUUGCAGGCGACAAGCAGUGUCUAAGAUAUUUUUGUAAGACUUCUUGUCACCGUUAUGUGAGAUAUAUUCGAAGCUAUGCCUUAUAUCGCCUCCAAUCCAUGUGAUCAGUCUGGCACAACAAUAAAUAAGGAAAAGCUUUUAAAAAAUGUUAGUUUGACAAACCAACGGACACAGGGUCGAUUCCCCUUUAUCAUACAUUUUGUAUGAAACUUGUUCAAAAGAUGUUUCAUUGUUUCAUCGGCCGUUAAAAUAACUGCUGCAUAUUUUUCAGUUACAUGAAAUAACAGCUUCAUUCAUAUUUAACUGAUCCUUGCAAUAUUUUUACUUUAUUGACAAAUUGUAUAUUUUUAUAGACCUAGUUUAUAUGGCAUUUAUGUACUACAUAUUAAGUUUAGCAUUUAAUCCCCAUAUGAGUGUUAAAUACUUUAAUUAUUAUAGAGUAGCGAGUCUGUCAGACUCUGGUAAGUGUAAUGAGAAAUGUAGGAAUAAACUCCUUUGAUUAGGAAGCAGGUACCAUUAUAAUGACAUCAGUCGUCAGUCUAAAUGACUGAUGUCAUUAUAAUGUUAUCGAAGCUAUCACGAUUCUUAUGUGAUAAGUGGUACGAAGAGUUGCAUUCAACUAUGGCGAUAACCGAACCAUUUUCAAUUGUCAAAUCACCGAUUUGUCCAAUGGUUGGCAAUUCACGGAUACUGGUUAUCGUUAGUGGUGCAACUCACCCUAGUGUAGGUCUCUUGUGCAAUCAGUAACUAAUUGUGUGAUUAUCCGAAUGAAAUAAGAGUAUUUUAUGCCCUUUUAAUUGAGAAUACAAAUUAAAUUCCCAGCAAUAAUGUGAAAUGUAAUAUUUUGAUUGGGCUUUUUACUAGGUAGCAAACCUGUAUUAAAUCGAUCAAUGCAUGUAUGACUAAUAUAAAAUUCAAACUAAACACAAUAAAUAUAUUUUUUUAUAGAAUUCAUUUAAAUAUGAUGAAAUAUCAAUUUUAGCUCACGUCGAGUCAUUAAAAUAUUGGUUGAAGAAUGAUUUAUUUAUUAAAGUAGGAUUUCGAUUUUGUUUAAUUUGAAGUAUUGAAAGCUUUUGAACUUUUAAAAAGCUGAUGUAUUUAUAACAAAAUGGAAUGUAAUUAUUAUUAGGCAUUAGGAAAUGUAGGACUCAAAUCUUGUGUAUUUCAAGCAAAUUGUGGUAUCUCCUAUAUAAUAUGCUUCCCAAUAAAUAUAUUUCUUCUUA